GUCAGCUUUAGUGUGUACUGUGGCGUUUUGUGAGGUCGCCUGUUGAUCCCAAUUCAAAACACAAAGGCUUGGGAUUCUGAGUGGUUGGCAAUGGCGUCUGACUCCCCACGCAGACCGAGUCGCUGUGCUGGUGGGGUUGUGGUUCGGGCACAGGCUGCGACAGAGCAGUCUUACAUGGAAAGUGUAGUUACAUUCUUGCAGGAUGUAGUCCCUCAGGCGUACACGGGGACACCUCCAAAUGAUGAAAAAGAAAAGAUAGUUUGGGUCCGCUUUGAAAAAACAGACAUCAAUGAUGUGGCCCGCUUGCCAGAGUUUCAAGAAAAGCAUGGAAACAGCACCGACCCACCUCUCUGCUUGAUGAUUGGCUACACUGAUGGAAUGCAGAUCUGGAGCAUUUCACUGAACGGGGAGGCGCAGGAGCUGUUCUCGGUGCGGCAUGGGCCUGUGCGAACUGCCAGGAUUCUGCCUGCCCCUCAUAUCAGUUCCCUCAAGACUGACAGCUUCGCUGAGAAACGGCCCCUUCUCGGUGUGUGCAAGAGCACGGGCUCCUCGGGGACAAGUCCCCCUUAUUGUUGUGUGGACCUUUAUUCCCUAAGAACAGGAGAGAUGAUCAAGUCCAUACAGUUUAAAACACCCAUAUAUGACCUACACUGCAACAAAAGGAUCCUUGUCGUUAGUCUUCAAGAAAAGAUUGCUGCCUUUGACAGCUGCACCUUUAUGAAGAAGUUCUUUGUCACAAGCUGCUACCCAUGUCCCGGGCCCAACCUCAACCCUAUUGCUCUAGGAAGUCGGUGGUUGGCCUAUGCCGAGAACAAGUUGAUCCGGUGUCAUCAGUCCCGUGGUGGGGCCUGUGGGGAUAAUGCCCAGUCCUACACUGCCACUGUCAUCAGUGCAGCUAAAACAUUAAAGACAGGCUUGACCAUGGUGGGGAAGGUCGUGACCCAGCUCGCUGGAACACUGCCAUCAGGGGUGGCUGAUGAGGAAGGCACUGCCCACAGCGGUACUCGUCGCAGCCCUCACCAGCCUGGCGUGGUUACAAUUAUAGACACGCACACUGUGGGAGAGGGGCAGGUCCUAGUUAGCGAGGACUCAGAUGGAGAGGGAGUGAUUGCACAUUUUCCAGCACAUGAUAAGCCUAUAUCCUGCAUGGCGUUUAAUCCAAGCGGUAUGCUGCUGGUGACUGCAGACACUCUCGGCCAUGACUUUCACGUUUUUCAAAUCUUGACUCACCCAUGGGCGUCUUCCCAGAGUGCGGUUCAUCAUUUGUAUACCCUUCACAGAGGAGAGACCGAGGCUAAGGUUCAGGAUAUCUGCUUCAGCCAUGACUGUCGCUGGGUCGUCAUCAGCACUCUUCGUGGCACCUCUCAUGUCUUUCCCAUCAACCCGUACGGCGGAGCGCCGUGUGCACGCACUCACAUGUCUCCACGUGUGGUCAAUCGUAUGAGCCGUUUCCAGAAAAGCGCCGGACUGGAGGAGAUUGAACAGGAGCUGAGCAGCAAACAGGGCGGCCGAUGCAGCCCCAUUUCCGGCCUCUCUAAUAGCCCUUCUGGAUCACCGCUACAUGCCAAACUCACUAGUCAAGAAUCUUACAACAACUUCACUAACAACAACAUGGGUAAUCCACGCCUGUCCCCACUACCCAGUUUGAUUGUUGUGCUUCCUCUGGCACAGAUCAAGCAGCCGAUGACCUUGGGCACCAUCACCAAGCGCACUGGACCCUACCUCUUUGGGGCAGGAUGUUUUUCCAUUAAAACUCCAUGCAAAGCCAAGCCACCUCCCCAGAUCUCCCCCAGUAAGUCCAGUGGUGGAGAGUUCUGCAUAGCUGCAGUUUUCGCCUCCUCUCGCUCCUGGUUUAUCACCAACCCCAACAUGAAGAGAGAGAAAGAUCAGUCACGCCAGGCCGUCGUUGAAUCCCUCUACAUCCUGAGUUGCUACGGAAACCUGGUGGAACAUGUGCUAGAGCCUCGGCCAAUCAGCACAGCUCAAAAGAUCGGCGACGACACACCCCUGGAGCUGAACACCUGUCCGAGAGCCUGUUGGAAUCUCGCCAGGACACCGCAGUGGAAUGAGCUACAACCACCUUUCAGCAGCAACCACCCCUUGGUGCUGGCCUCAGACUUCGUGCAGUACUAUCAGUACCUCCUGGUUGGCUUGGUACCACCUGGCAGCCCUGGCCCCAUCACACGACAUGAGUCUUAUGACAGCCUGACAUCCGAUCACAGUGGCCAGGAAGAUGAGGAAUGGCUCUCACAGGUGGAGAUUGUGACCCACACCGGUCCACACAGAAGACUUUGGAUGGGCCCUCAAUUUCAGUUCAAGACCAUCCACCCGUCAGGUCAAACAACUGUCAUCUCAUCCAGUUCCUCUGUACUACAGUCCCAGGGGCCCAGUGACACCCAGCAGCCUCUGCUUGAUUUUGACACAGACGACUUGGACCUGCGCAGCCUCAGGAUCCAGCCGGUGCGGUCUGAGCCUGUUAGCAUGCCUGGAUCCUCUCGCCUGGUGGCAGAUUGUAGAGGCCAAUCCACAGUCAUAGAUACUGGCUCAGGCAUGUUUGACCGCAGCGUCACUCUGCUGGAGGUGUGCGGCAGCUGGCCUGAGAGCUUCGGCUUGCGUCACAUGUCCUCUGUAGAAGCCACCGAAGAGGGCCUAAAGGAGAGACUGGCGGACGCAAUGUCAGAGUCACCCAGCAGAGAUAUUGUAGGCUCUGGGACAGCAGAGCUGCAGAGGGAGGGAAGCAUCGAGACACUCAGCAAUAGCUCAGGUUCCACCAGUGGAAGCAUUCCCCAGAACUUCGAGGGCUACCGGUCCCCUCUCCCCACCAAUGAGAGCCAGCCCCUGAGCCUGUACCCCACCGGAUUCCCCUAAAACCAGCUGUCCCGCGCACAUCUCGGACCCAAGGAAGCCUCUCUUUUGGCUUUGGACAAUCUUGACAGUACAACCACAUCAGAGAGGCUCCACUCUCUCUAUCUCUAUCUCUUUACCAAGUGAUCCCUGCUUAUUUUUGCUCCGAUGGCUGUUAUUUAAAAUGUGGAUUUUUUUUCCUUUAAUCAAACCAGGCAUGCACACAUAUAGGAAAACAAUGCUCAAUCAGGACCAGAGUUCAGACUAGAAUUUCAUUUUCUGACUAACAGGAUGCUUUAUUGUCAUUUCACAAUGCUUGUAGAUCAAGAAGUUAAUGUGAUGUAGCUUUAAUUUAAGAGAAAGGGAGAGUGAGUGCUGAUCUGAUGUACUGUAAAGGGAUUGAUGUAGUCGCAAUUUUCAGAAAACGUGUCAUUUUUCUAGUAUCAUUAUCAGUCGAACUUCCGGUGUGUAGGUGUGUAUCUUUAUUGACCAUUCUUUGAGUGUGCGUAUGAGUCUUUUAUGAUAGAGAGUGUAUAUGUCCACCAAAUAUGAGUCCUGAUUACCUAGAUUUAAGCUUGAGGUCAUAAAGCAUUACAUUAAAGCACUCUCGCAGCAAAUGAGUCAAAGUGACGACUGAGUUGCAGCACAAUUAAAACCGUUUCCUUUUUAAAAGCAGAACUGCCUUCCUAUGAUGUUUGUAUGUACUGAUGUUAAGAAAAAUACUUCAGUGCUUAAGAUCUGUUUGGAAAAGAAACACGUGUUGCUAAUCAUAUUCAGUCAAAUAGUGUUUUAAUCUGUUUCGGUAGAUGUACUGUAGUUAACAUUUGAAAAAUCCUUAACGUUUAUCUUGUAUCUGAUAGGUAAUCAAAAUUGGUUAUGCUUACGAUAUAAAUGUUGCUUGUGUUACAUCAUAGUGUUUAUUAUUUAACACAUUUGCUCUGUAUAUUUGGGUUUGUUUGUUUUUUUAUUUUUUAGCCAAGUAUUUCAUUUUUGGUGUUUAAUUUCUUCUGGGGAUGUGAUUUUCUUUCUCUUAUUUGUGUUUUUUUUAUUUUAUUUUUUUAGUUUUUUUAGUUUUGUUUUUUUUUGUUUUUUAUGCCUUUCAAAUUAUGGAUAAAUGUGAGAUUUAUUGCUUUUUUUUUUAGAAGGGACCUUUGUUCACCAAUGUAUUGUUUCCAUGUUUUAUUGGUUUAUUGGCUGUGUGCAAGGCUGGUGUUCAUCCACAGCAAAUUUAAUUUAGCUCAUAAGAGGAAUUAGAUGUCUGCUCAAACUUAUGGAUCAAGUCCCCUCACACACAUCAUCAUCAUUAUAAUCAAUAUAAUAAUUUAUUUGCUUAACCAAUUUAUAUUGUUCAGUUAGAAUAAUUUUUCAACUUUAAGCUGGGAUGUAAGUUUACACACAACUAUUGAUGAAUAGCAAGUAAACUAAUACAAGAGUUAUGAAAUUGCUAAAAAGAAGCAGUCACAAGUUUGUCAAGAAGCUUAGAGGAAUAUUCCGUGUUCAAUACAAGUUAAGCUCAACCGACAUCAUUUGUGGUAUAAUGUUGAUUACCACAAACAAUUAUUUCGAUGCGUCCCUCCUUUUCUUUUAAAAAAGCAUUUGUUUAUGGAUUGGCCCCAUUCACUUCCAUUGUAAAUGCCUCAUCCAGACUUUUGCUUUUUUAAAGAAAAGGAGGGACAAGUCAAAAUAUUUUUUUGUGGUAAUCAACAUUACUCCACAAAUGCUGUCAAUUGAGCUUAACUUGUAUUGAGCGCAGGAUAUUCCUUUAAAGAGCCGCUGCUGGCUGACAGUUUGGUGCAUGUUGAAAACCUGAGUAGCUUGGUUCCUGGAGAGGAAACGUGUCAUGGUUUGUUCACCAUAAUUUAGAAUGGACAAAGUUGGCAUGAUUUUAGUGAAUGCAGUGCACGUGCUUUAUAUGGACUACAUAAUUUUUUGUAAUUAUACUGAAGUAAUAUUGUCAUGAAAUAGGAAUUUAGGGAAGUGAAAUUAAUGAUUCUAUACAUUUGGUGUUUGUUUAAUACAAUAUGUACAUUUUGACUUUCUCACAAAUCUUUUCCCUUGUUAACUUGCUUUGCUUUUUCAUCUUCUCUUCUGAAUAUAUUUGUUAUUAAAAAAAUAAAUAACUGCAUUUAAAUUAUGAUAGAAAUCUGAGACAGAGGCUAAAAAUCUAAAUCACUGCUUUUAUUUAGGUAACUGAUAUUUUUUUUUAUAAUCUUUACCCCCUACAGUAAUGUCCACAGGCUUUACAACGUUGACUUAGAUUUCCUUCAUCACUGCUUUAAUUGCACGUGUUUAAGCUUUGUUUCACUAUAUUAUAUAGAAAUGUUUAUUUACAGUUAUCUAAUGCUGCUACAUUUUCCAGUACCAGCUGUGCAUUGUGUAACAUCAUGAGGAAUUUUUCAGCUGCACAAAUGUCAAAGUUCUAUAACUGUGCUCUUUCUGUAUUGAAACUACAAAGACUGUAAAAUGGAUAUUGAAAUGCUGAAAGCAAUAAUACAUCUCAUUACUUAAUACAGCA